AAGUAAUAUUAUAUACAUACAUACAUAUGUGAGAAAACACAAACAGUUCCUGACGGAGAGCGCAAAGAGAGAUUGCCAAAACGAACGGUCCACAAAAAAUAAGAAAGAAAUCCAAAGAGAAACUAAUCCAAGAAGAACGAGAAAUUAAGAGAAAGUGAGGAGAAUCAACAUUGAUAUCAAAUACAAAAUGGUGCUACAAAAUCAUAAUACAGUCGUGGCUCGCUCCACAUUGACACCGAAUAGCAGCAAUCAGAACUUUAGUUCCCAUCCACAUGCUGGCGGUGCAACAGGAACAGGACGAAUUCCAUUAAAUGCUGGGCCAAAUACCCAGCGACCCAUAGUGGAUCUGUUGGUGGCCAUGGUAGCUGUUCCUGUACUCAUACUCUGCGCCCUACAGCUGGAGAAGAAUCUAAGGGACAUGAAUAAUACGGAAUCACGUUGGCUGGUCUUUGCAUUGGGCAUUGUUAUGCUGGUGAUUAGUGUCAUCAUCUGUGGCUAUGUGACACAUCGCAUGGGUGUAUGCAUUUGGGCAGGACCCAUCGAUGAGGCUGGCAAUCGAACAGGCAGCAGUUCAGGACUACCACACAUCAACUCACAGAAUGAUGUAUUGCGCAUUGUCGACUCUCUGCCACCCAGUUAUGAUAGUGUGGUUAAAUUUGAGUUGCCUCCGCCGCCAUAUGAUUGCAUUGUGAUUGAUUUGGAGCGAGAACAGCAGCAGCAGCAGCAGAGGGGCAAAGCCAUGCAGCCAUUACCUUCUACCAAGCCCAUGACGGGUCCAUUUACAUCGACGCCAAAUGCCACUUUACAUAUAUGA